GCAUGUAGUUACGUCUAUGGUCCUUGUUAAUAGGCUAAUAACGUUAUGGGAAAAUGGUUUAUUACAACUUAUCUCUUGAUGUGAAAAAAAAAAUUGUCUUCGUUUUCGGGUCUUUUGCACAGGUUUUUCACAUGACCUGGCAACCCUGUGUAUGGAUAACAGUGUUUAUUACAAACAGGGAUCGUAAUUAUUUCCCAGAGAUAAAUGUACUAGCUUGUCGGACCAACUCGGAUCACUCAUACCCGCUGAAGAUUGCUGCCUCCAUCUCUGCAGAUGAUGACCAGCUCUGUCUUAUAAGGAGAAGAGAAGCCAUCACAGUCACCCACAUGGCACCAGCCUAGAGCCGUCUUAUAAGGAGAAGACAAGCCAUCACAGUCACCCACAUGGCACCAGCCUAGAGCUGUCUUAUAAGGAGAAGACAAGCCAUCACAGUUACCCACAUGGCACCAGCCUAGAGCUGUCUUAUAAGGAGAAGACAAGCCAUCACAGUCACCCACAUGGCACCAGCCUAGAGCUGUCUUAUAAGGAGAAGACAAGCCAUCACAGUUACCCACAUGGCACCAGCCUAGAGCUGUCUUAUAAGGAGAAGACAAGCCAUCACAGUUACCCACAUGGCACCAGCCUAGAGCUGUCUUAUAAGGAGAAGACAAGCCAUCACAGUUACCCACAUGGCACCAGCAUAGUUUAACAGAACAAGUUUCUCUGCCCAGGUUAACUACAUCAACUCAAAAUGGAGGAAGGAGAUUCUCUGCAUAGCGUUAACCUGAAUCAACUCAAGAUGGAGGAAGGAGAUUCUCUGCAUAGCGUUAACCUGAAUCAACUCAAGAUGGAGGAAGGAGAUUCUCUGUAUAGCGUUAACCUGAAUCAACUCAAAAUGGAGGAAGGAGAUUCUCUGCAUAGCGUUAACCUGAAUCAACUCAAGAUGGAGGAAGGAGAUUCUCUGCUUAGCGUUAACCUGAAUCAACUCAAGAUGGAGGAAGGAGAUUCUCUGCAUAGCGUUAAUCUGAAUCAACUCAAGAUGGAGGAAGGAGAUUCUCUGCAUAGCGUUAACCUGAAUCAACUCAAGAUGGAGGAAGGAGAUUCUCCCCAUAGCGUUAAUCUGAAUCAACUCAAGAUGGAGGAAGGAGAUUCUCUGCAUAGCGUUAACCUGAAUCAACUCAAGAUGGAGGAAGGAGAUUCUCUGCAUAGCGUUAAUCUGAAUCAACUCAAGAUGGAGGAAGGAGAUUCUCUGCAUAGCGUUAACCUGAAUCAACUCAAGAUGUCCGCUGCUGUUUCUUUACCCAUCUUGAGACUCCACAGACUGACAAAGGAUCAACUGUCUCUCUGUGCUCCCAGACUUAACCAGAACAACCCGAAGAACAACAAACCAGGUAGAAAACCAACAAAGAAGAAAAACACCACCAGCAGAGGAAAGAAACAAUCCACAGGAAAUGGACACAACUCUGCUGACAACAAAAGUGUUUCUAGCCAGGUAUCACUAGUGUCUAGACAUCAGCACUGUCUGAAGGGAAGCAAAAAUAAACCCAAGAUCAUUCUCAAAUUCUCCCGCUCCAUCUUGAGGCCUGACGCAGCAAAACAAGAGGUGAAACAAGAGAUGGACGAGCUGCCUAUCGGGACAAGAAGUGAUGAACACUGGUUGAAGUCUGUGAAGACAGAGAGCUACGACACAGAGAUGGGUAACACCAGGGGACCUACAGAGAGCGACCCCAGGACAGAUGCACAUCACUUGGGUAUGAAGAUGAAGGAUGCCCCCCUGUACCACCAGGAUGGAGGGAGGCAGCUGCAGUCGUCUACCGUUCAGCCAUUCAAUCCGGCUGCGUUGCGGUCUGACCUGGAAUGUUGGCCUCGCAACCAGAAGGUCCCCAGGUUCCCGUGUCCAGACUGCGGCCAGAAGUUCUUCUCCAAAAUUCAGUUUAAGUUUCAUUCCCGGAGCCACACACAGUACCGGCCGCACUCCUGUGAGGUGUGCCAUAAAACCUUCUCCCGGAAAGGCAGUCUAGACGAGCACCGACCAAUCCACGAGGUGGAGCGCCCCUUCGCCUGCCUCCAAUGUGGCAGAACCUUCACGUUCAAAUCCAACCUGACCCGCCACAUGCGGUUCCACAGCGACGCACGGCCCUACGUCUGCCCCCAGUGCGGCCAAAGCUUCAAAAUCUCCGACCACCUGAAGAGCCACAUGACGGCCCACAGCGGGAAUAAACCGUACUUGUGCCCGGAGUGUGGCCAGAGUUUUGUCCGUUACAUUAGUCUGAAGUAUCACCGGCUGAGCCACACCGGCGAGCGCCCGCUGUCCUGCCCAGAGUGUCCCAUGACCUUUGCCCGGCCGCACACCCUUAUGAUCCACCGGCGACAGCACACCGGGGAGACGCCGUUCUCUUGCCAGGACUGUGGGAAGCAGUUCAAACAGGGGUACCAAUUGAAAGACCACGUUACAAUGAAACACACAGGGGAGAAACCAUACAAAUGCUCCGAGUGUGACAAGUGCUUCAUCACUUCGGCGUCUCGUAAAGUGCACAUGGUUGUCCACACAGGAGAGAAGCCGUACAAAUGCACAGAGUGCUGUAGGAGAUACAGUCAGAGUGGGCAUCUAGCACAGCACAUGAGGAGACACACGGGGGAGAAACCAUACAAAUGCUCCGAGUGUGACAAGUGCUUCAUCACUUCGGCGUCUCGUAAAGUGCACAUGGUUGUCCACACAGGAGAGAAGCCGUACAAAUGCACAGAGUGCUGUAGGAGCUACAGUCAGAGUGGGUCCCUGAAGAGGCACAAGUGUGAGCAGCAAACCAGGUGAUAUUGUUGUGACGAAAAGCCUACUCGUCUUAGGGCCUGCCUUCUGUGAGUCUCCCUAUAAAUUAGAGGACUUACUAAACAUAAAUGAGAUCAACUUCUCCAAGGCGAGGCCACGCCAAGUUGGACGAAGGAUCUAAUCUCCUUGGAAACCAAAACACAGAUCGAGGAAGCCUUAUCCUACUCCGACAGAAGAGUUUCCAGAGAGGAGGAGCUCACUGUUGUUCAUUCAAGACCACGGACUGAGUUCGCAAUACAUCCUGCGCGGUUAGAGAAAUAAUUACAUUAACUCUAAUAGACUUUAUGCCUACUUUCCUGGACUGAUAACUACACUGAACAAAAAUAUAAAUGCAACAUGUAAAGUGUUGGUCCCAUGUUUCAUGAACUGAAAUAAAAGAUCCCAUUUUUCCUA